AUGGCCAGCGUUGAUCUGAGCAAUCUUCUUAAAGUUUCUGCCGGAUAUGGCAAAAGAGUUAUGCUUAGUGUAAUGUCAAAAGACGGAGUUAUUUUUGAGCUGCGGUUUCAGACAGAAGUAAGAGAGCUACGAGCACUGCAAAAGGUUUUCAUGAACUAUGAAGCAGGUUCCCUGUUAAAGGAUGUUGCAUUUGAGAUUGUUGAUUCUGAAGGAAAGGUUGAUGAAAGGAUCCACGAUGACGAUAAACAUGGGCAGUCUCAUACUCUGACAAUCAAGUGCAGAUCAUUUCGCAUUGAUGAGUCUGUGAAAUACAGGUUCCUCAAUGGAUGUUGCACUGUUCCCUCUAUUCCUCUCCCUUGUGAAGAAGGAGCUGUCUUCUUUGAAGCUGUGCAUUCUCGUCAUCCGGAACUAAAGUUUGCCAUAAAGGUUAUUGUUCAGAAGGCGCGGCAAAAGAAUCGUGAUUAUGUGAGAAAUGUGAGAAAUCAUGUGGAUAUAAUAGGGAAUCACAUACAUCAGCCCAAAAAUUCAUUUGAAAAUGAAGCAGCUCCAGAAAUUUUGCCGAGUCAGGUUCAUCUUGAGAAACAGCAGCAAGAGAAACUUGACAGUGCCAUGAAUCCCGACGAUGUAGGAAAUCCAAUACUUUCAACUCCAAUAUCAUCAGAACAUGAACAUAACUUCCCUAUCUUGCCUUCCUUGAGGGUAUCAGACGUUAUGAAUGAGAUCUCCUCUCCGCAUAGUUUAGGGAAUCCCAUACUAUCAACCCCAAGAUCAUCUGAACACGGACAGAACCUCCCUGUCUCACCGCCCUCAAGGGUAUCACAAGUUAUGAAUGAGACCUUUUCACCGCAUAGUUCUGGGAGUCCUUUCCUAUCUAGGGUUUGCAAGAGAUGA